AUGGCCACCCUCGGGGGGAGGGCAGCACCCAGAGAAGAUGCCCAGCCGGUCACCGGUGAUGAACCAGGCGAGAUGAGCGACGAGUGCGUGACCCGGCGGGCCCAGACCAAGGGCCAUGGCUCUGGGGGUCGGGACAGAGCCCAGUGGGCACAGAGGGACAGAGACCGGAGUCUUGAGCUGGACAGGGACAGGGGCUCUCCGUCCCUCUCUCUGAGCCCGUCCCUGCCUCUGACCCCGUCCCUGACCCCGUCCCUCUCUCUGACCCCGUCCCUGUCCCCGUCCCCGUCCCCCUCAGCCCGCUCGUCUGAGCUGGGCCCCGCCCCUGAGGCGCUCAUCCAGCCCAGGAAGCUCGUCAACCCCAUCAAGGGAUCCCGGAGCCACCAGGCCCUGCACAGGGAGCUGCUUCUCUCCAGCCACAGGCGUCCGGAGGAGAAGCCGGAGCUGCAGCGAGUUCUAGAACAGCGGCGGCGGAAGCUGCAGUCUCGACAGAGACACGAGGAGACGAGGAGCAGAGCUACAUCCUCACCACUACAGCAGGAGCUCCUCAAGAGGCAGCAGAGACUAGACAUGCUGGAGAGGGAGCUGGAGAAACAGAGAGAUCAGUUGACGAACGAGCCAGAGUUCAUCCGAGUCAAAGACAGCCUGCGAAGGACCACCAGCUUGGUGUGAAGACCUGAGUGGACACAGACGUGAACGAGAGAGAGAGAGAGAGAGAGAUGAGCUGCUUGGUCUAAAAGGGAAGCAUGUGGGCAUGGAAUGUAGAGACAGCUCAGCUGGGUGAACUGCAUGGUGUACUGUACUAAUGUUUUGGUGGAACUAGUAGGCUGGUUGUACCUUGUUGUUGGCCUUGUGCACUAGUUGUAUAGUGUGCACUAUUUAGAGCAGACGUCACCAACAUGCUGCCCGCGGCCCCCAGGUCACCCUCCAGGAUAAAUAGUGACGACCACAAGAUUUUAGUCACAGUUGACGUUUUUUCUUAAUUUAAAUAUAAGAUUAUUUCUUAUAACCUCUAAAGAAUAUUUCUUUAUAACCUAUAAGCAAAUUACCAUUCAAUCAUAGUGUGAUUUUGAGAGACAUGGGG